AUGCGCUUUGUAGACAAAGUCAUAACAUGGCACAGGUGUGUGGAAGUCUUUUACAUUUAUUUCCAUGCUGGCCGAGUGGAAGAGCCCUAUGUCAGCAUCACGAAGAAGAGACAGAUGCCCAAGGAUGGGUACUCAGAAGAAAUUGAGAAGGAAGUGGGCCAGGCUGAAGGCAAGCUGUGUACACACAGGUCUGCAUUCAGUAGGGCAUCUGUGAUCCAAGCGUUCCUCGGCUCAGCACCCCAGCUCACACUCCAGCUCUACAUCUGUGUCUUGCAGCAGGAGAUCACAGCUGCCAGAAGUGUUUUUAUGGUCCUUUCUCUCCUGUCAAUUGUAUAUGGUGCCUUACGCUGCAACAUCCUGGCUAUUAAGAUUAAGUACGAUGAUUAUGACGUCAGCGUGAAACCAGCUGCCUACCUCUGCAUAUUCAUGUGGAGAAGCUUUGAGAUUGCUACACGCGUUACGGUGUUGGUCCUUUUCAGUUCAGUCCUUCAAAUCUGGACUCUCCCCGUUGUGCUCGUGAAUUUCUUUGGUUUUUUCUUCUACCCGUGGAUUCUCUUCUGGCAAAGCAAGUCUCCAUUUCCUGAGAACAUAGAGAAGGCAUUGACCAGGGUUGGCACUACCAUUGUCUUGUGCCUUCUCACCUUCUUGUAUGCUGGCAUUAACAUGUUCUGCUGGUCGGCAGUGCAGGUGAAGCUCAAUGAUCCUGACUUAAUCAAUAAAUCCCAAAAUUGGUACCGGCUGACCGUGUAUUACAUGCUGCGGUUCGUUGAGAACGCGUUCCUCCUGCUGAUGUGGUACAUCUACAAAACAGAUGUCUACCUGUAUGUCUGUGCCCCGUUGUUGGUCUUGCAGCUCCUGAUAGCCUACUGCAUGGCUGUCCUCUUCAUGUUGGUAUUCUACCAGUUCUGCCACCCGUGUAAAAAGCUUUUCUCAUCCAGCAUUUCCGAAGCUUUCCUCUCCUGUUUCAAGUUCCUCUGCUUUAUUUGUAAGCCUCCCAAAUCCACCGUACUGACAAACAAGGCAGAGGUGAAAACUCCUGAAAAUACUGAUGAAGCAUGGAGCGGUACCAAGACAGCAGAUUCUCAAAAGGGGAAUCCUUAUCAAAGUGUUUCUUCUAAUGCUUAG